ACACACGUCGCCAUGUGUGUACGGGAGAGAUUUAAAAUCAAUGAUCUUGGUGGUGUUGUAAUAUGUUAACAUGCUCCUGGAACAAUUUGGCUAAUUAGUGUACGAAUCACUCCGCGGACUGAUUACCGCUAUGCAUACCAGGUGAGUCAUUCCGCGGGACUAUAUAACGACCGACCGCCAGUCUCUACACAGAACAGGGACUACACGCUCUGACAGGAGAAGAUGAAGUUUGUGACGACUGACCGGUUUGUGUUCUUCUCAGCAAUUAUCUGCACGUGCCUUAGUCUUCCCACAAUUCCACAGCGGACUGACGCAGUAUCGGGAAGACAUGCAAAGAAAAUCGCCAAACGCAGCAACGCCUCAGAUUUGGCGGCGAUGAUGUUAGAAUAUGGAGAUGUGGAUGGUAAUGGCCUUUUGACGGAAUCAGAAACAUAUUUAUUUUUCAAAAAUGGUAUUGGAUUUUCCGACACGGAAGCCAGCGAAGUUUCAAGUGAAAUGAUAACAAUAGGAGAUUUUGAUGGUGACGGAGAGCUUGAUUUUAUAGAAGCUGCUGUAGCCACUAUGAUAGUAUCGGACACAUGGAAACUAAAGUGACGUCAUAUAAUGAACAGUGACGUCAUGUACCUGUGACGUCAGAAAGGAAGAAAGGACAUGGCGAGGAAUUGAUAAUUGACAUUAAAUUAAACAUUAAGAAAUCGAUCAAUAACUUGAUAUGAUAUCUCGACUAUGGCUGUAAAAACACUAUUGGAAAAUAUUAUCAGGCGUAAAUUU